UGGUUCUUUUCAAGGUUACUCAAUGGAGAUCGCCUCUUUCGCAGACAUGGCUGGAAAUGUGUCGUACCUCCGGUCCGAGUCGGCGGUACUACUGCAAACCAUGCCACAUGGUCACCAAACCAAGAAGAAGCUAUCAUUCAGUACUUUGCCACACCUGGCGCUGAUCAGCCGGCGAACGUGACUUUGGGCCCUGCAUAUCUUGAGUCGUUCAGGGUGUUUCCUAAAGGCACAAAGUACACAAUUGGCGUGACAUUCGACAGCGGCGCAAAGGGCGAGAACAGCAGCGUGACCGAAGCUGCAGCAUUCUACAAUGGCAUUGGCAAGGAUCUGUUUGCCAUCGAGGUUGGUAAUGAGUUCGACUCAUUCCCUGUUGACCGCAACACCACCACCUGGAACAUCGCCGAAUACGUUCCUGAAUGGCUCUCCCGCACAGCCGCCAUCGCAUCCCGCGUCCUCCCCAAAAACAACCAAAAGAUCUUCCAAGGAGGCACCUUCACAGCGCCCGGUACCGUCACCUCAGACGUCUCAUGGACAGCCCAAGCCGCUAUCGAACUGGGCGUAACAUCAAACGGGCUCGCAAGGACAUGGUGCACACACCAAUACUUUGGUGCGGCGUGCCAUGCCGCCACACCGUCGCUCGCCGGCAACGUCAUGAACCGCACGGCGCUGAUCAAAGGCAUGGACUACCAUGCCGGCGCGUCGAGCUACACCGUGGCCAGGGGAAUGCCGUAUAUCAUCGGCGAGACGAAUUCGAUUGCGUGCCAGGGCCUGGCGGGCGCGAGUGAUGUGUUCGGCGCUGCGGUGUGGAGCGUGGAUUACGCGCUGUAUGCGGCGAGCUUGAAUGUGUCGAAGCUGUAUUGGCAUAUGGGUACGGGAUAUAGGUACUCGGCGUGGCAGGCGACUCAAAAUGGGACCACAGCCGCAGGGCCCAGGCCGCUGUACUACGGCAACUGGGUCAUUGCUACUGCGCUCGGCGACUCGGACGCGCAGGUUGUGUCCAUCAUCAACACGACGAGCCUCGCUGGGUAUGCAAUCUACUCUGGCAAGCGCCACCGUUCAGAACUCAAGAACGUGGUGUUAAUCAACAUGGAAAUAUUCAACUCGACUUCAACCCCCGCAAGUCAGAGGUCGAGCGUUGACUUCGCGAUUCCGGAGAAGCUUGGAUGUAAGAAUAGGGAGGCAAGUGUAAGACGUCUUACUGCAGCUGGCGCAGAGGCCAAGGACAAUAUCGCAUUCGCUGGUCGUAAUGUUGCGCUCGAUGGCACAAUAAGCGGCUUUGAGGUGACAGAGCGGGUUGCGAACGGUGUGGUGAAUGUCAAGGCCAGUGAAGUCGUGUUAAUCAGCCUGGCCUAG